AUGGCAGAGGACGACGAUGUGGGACUGCCCCAGAAGGGCCUGAACAUGAUCAUCAAAGACGUUCUUCCUGAGGUUCGCAUAGCCAACGAGUCGCGCGAACUGCUCAACGCUUGUUGUGUCGAGUUUGUCAAGCAUGUUGCCAGAGAAGCACAACGGAUCUCGUCCGACGAUCAACGCAAAACCAUAUAUCACGAACAUGUACAGAAAGGUAAUUUUUCAUGAUAGGGUUAUGGUAGAAGUGGUAAUAAGGUUUGAUAUAGAGGGAGAAAUUCUUAAAAAAUAUUUAUAGAAAAUAGGAUAGGCAAGAUUUUUUGAAAAUAGUGAAAUUUUAAUAAUUAGGAAAAUCUAUUCAACGACUUUUUUAGUUUUCAUAACAUAUUACUAAGGAUAACGAGUAUAAUAUAUAGGCUAAAGUUAUGUAAGCACAAGACAUUACUAAAUAUAUUGUUGUAAGCCUAAUAUAACCUUGUUGAUGCAAGGCCCCUUCUCUCCCAAAUCUGUGAAAGCUCUUAAGAAAACGGCAACAUAAAGUGACGUUCCUUUCUAUUGCGCGCAUUUUUAAUAUCAAAUGGGCCUUAGUAACCUCGAUUAUAAAGUAAUGGGAAAACUAUACAAUGCCGUUAUCAACCGACCGGUAGCUUCCGAAAUCCUAUAAAGUUUGCCGAGUUUUACGACGUUCUUCCGGUAAUAAGUUUCGAACUGAGGUCGCAUUAACAUAAUGUAUGCAAAUGUUUGAAUGCUUUAAGGGGGCGCCCCACCAAGUUUCAUUAAAGGCAUGGGUUUAAGGGGGUUUUGUGAGUGUAGCUAAAAAUGCAACAUUGUCUGAGGACGAAAAUAGGGCAGAAUUAAGUAAAUAGUAUUAAUCCAGCUAAAUUGAAAUGAUAUUAUACUAGGCUAAUCUAAGGGUAAAUUUUUGUGUCUAAUAAAGGUAGCUUUAGUACCUAUAACCCCUAAUAUACCUUAACUCAGUACCUUUUACGUAAGAAUGCAACUUAAGCCAGCGAAAGUUGGGUAAUGCCCUAAAGAGUAAUUGUCGUACUAUUUUCACGAUGAGCUGAGUAUUUGUGGCGGGAUCGGUCCAUCCGCUGGCGGGCCGCAGAUUAGCGACGAUUGGCUGCUGUCUUUCGCUCCUCGGGCCCUUGUCUCUGAAUUUCCAAGGUUUUAUUUGUUUUUUCUUUCAGCUCUCCAGAAUUUGGGAUUUCCUCUCGAUUACAUCGAAGCCGCCGACUCCGUCCUCGAUGAAUGCAAAAUCGCGGCCGAAAAGCGGCUGAAGCGCAAGAACUCGAGACUGGACAAGUGUGGGAUACCCGAGGAACAGCUAUACCUGCUUCAACAAGAACUCAUCGCUAAGGUAAGCAACUUUUUUUAAUAAUAUGAUUAUUGAAGUUGUAAAAGAUUUAAUUUUCGACAAAUUUACGUUAAAAUUUGUUAAAAAAUGAUAAUUUUAAGCAAAAAAGAGGGGAAAAUAGCCAAUUUGAUGGAAUAUUUAUAAAUUUGGGAAUUUUAAAUUGAAUUAUUUUUGGAAAUGUUUACUAGUUGGUCGGAAAAUAAAUAGAAGAGCAAGAGACAGGCAAGUUUGCAGAUUAUAACACCAUUUUCGGCAUAAUAAUAGGCGUUCUGAAUAGUAAAACUUUAAUAAAAAGGUCAAAAAAUACGUAGAAUGGUGUUAUGCUGCUACUAGUUUUACUUUUACUUACUUUUUAACUUAAUGCGCAAUAUAGAAAUAUAGGUACCAUUUUGCCCCAUUUUCACAAAUUAUCUCUUAGUAUUUCAAAAUUUGGAAAAGAUGAUUUUGAAAGAUUGCUUACUAUAGUGACAGUUAAUUAGUAUUGUUACGAAACGUAUUACACGAAAUUAAUAGGGAAAAGAAAGUAUUUUGCUCAAUUUUCAUGCAAUUCGAUAGGCGAUGGUCAGCACAACAAAAAUAAGAGCUAAGUACGGUGCUGCUCGUACUGGCUUUAUCUUGCAGAAUUGGUACAUUAACAAACUCAGAGGUAGUUGUAAAGAAAAGGUUUUAAGUACAACAUAUCUUUGGAAAUUUAACAAUGUCAAAGUUAUUUUAUGUUGAAGGGGAGAAAUGUAAAUUUAGGUAACAGUAGUAUGUUAACUAGGGCAAAACGUAAAGAGAAAAGCCAAAAUGAGACGGAAAACUUGAAAAGAUGGUUAGUCUAGGGAUUUUCUGAUUAGCAAGUAAAAUCAAAGAUAUUUUGAUAAAAUCAGUACUGAUAUGGUACAACAAAGACCAUCUUAACCAGUUCUUAUAUAAAAACUUCCUUUUUACAUAAAAAACAACUGACAUUCAACUACUUUGUCAGUAAUCUCACUACUAGGGCUUCUUGUGUCAUUUUCGUCAAAACAAAAACGAGAUUUCUGAAACUUUGGAAAUGACAAAGCUAAUCGACUUACUCCAUUCGUGCCGGUGAAACUCAAUCAGAUUGCUCAUGCUAUGACCGCGGGUACGAGUGUGGCCUGGAAAUAUAUAAAAGUCUAUAUAAAUGGCAGAAUUUGAACGCGCUCGGUUAAAUCUUGUUUUCGGCGGAUACAAACUAUUGUGUCGAUGACAGGGAUUUGUUUGGGGGGUGGUGGUCCCCCGUAAACAGAGUGCUUGCGAUUGACAGCUUCGUGCUCCGCUAAUCUGGGGCCCUUAACCUGACCAUUGGCCAAAUCGGGGCCCCCAAAUGUUUUAAGAGCGGAGGAAGCAGCCGACUGCCAAAAACUCACUCAGCGCCGCCGGAUUUGGAUUUGAAUUUUGGGAAUGUCCUCACCAAUUGCUUAAUCCCAAAAGUUAUGGGAACUUUUAUCUUUACCCCAAUAAGCGCAAGUCAUUCCUUCCUUCGGCCGGGCGGCCGCUAACCCCCUGAGGUCUCAGUUUUCUGCUUGGUCGCAUCCACAACAGUUUCACGUUGAGCGGCCCAUGAGAUUGACACAACUUGUAUAUAAGUUGUGUCAAAUUCAGUGUAAUCCAUUAGUUCUUUCCAAUUUCGUUUUUUGUUUGAAAAAGAGCGAAAGGACUAGCGGAUCUAAUGAGCAGGUUAGUUUUGUCAUCAUCAGUUUUAUGUUGGUCUAAAAGUUUGUAGAAAAAGGUUGAAUGGGUGAGAAUUUGCAUGUAGUCAGUGACAUUAGGUACUUUCUAUCCUGGUCAAAAAGUCAAUAGAAAGUUGAAAAAAGGCGCGUUGAAGACAACUCUGCACUUUUAAAUAAACAAACGGUCAAGAAGUACGUAGACGCGUAAUUUGUGUCAAUCUCAGCCAGUUUGUCAUGGUUUGCCAUCUGAAGCCCACCCUUGUUUGCCAAACUUUAUAUGCAUUUUUAAGGGCGUUCAACGUUUAGCGACUCAAAAAGUUUAAUUUUUUGCAUUUGAAAUACGGUAAUAUAUGUUUUUUGUUCAGGCACGCAAGGAAGAGGCCGAAAAGCAAGCGGCCCAAGUUCCGGCUGGUGUUCCCACCUCCAGCUUCCAGUAUGCCAUGCCUCAAGCUGAUUACCAACAACCGGUGAUGGAUCCAACCGCUUAUCAACAACAAUAUCAACAGAACAUGUACAUGGCGCCGGUAUCUUCGAUGCAAAGCGUGUUACCACCACAGUAUCAGCCGAACACCACGGACGAUGACUAUGACGCGUAG